AUGUCCUACGCCCACCUCGGGCCGCCGGCCGUGUUCAACGGCACAAACGACGAGAUUGGCGGUGAUUCAAUUGAGCAUGAGGGCCCCAAAAAGACAGUUCCAGCCUCUCCUGACCACGCCCCGGCGGAUGGCUCGAUAGGAACCGAAAACCUCAACCAGUGGUACCAGUCGGGCGACCAGGCCUUCAUCAUCGUCUCGUCGUGCCUCGUGCUCCUCAUGGUCCCCGGCAUCGCGUUCCUCUACUCGGGCCUGGCGCGCAGGAAGUCGGCCCUCUCCAUGCUCUGGGUCGUCAUGAUGUCCUUCAGCGUCAUCGUCUUCCAGUGGUACUUUUGGGGGUACUCGCUCGCCUUUGGCCAGACGUCGGGCAACGCCUUCAUCGGCGGCCUCGAGCACUUUGGGCUCAUCAACGUCUGGGCCGCGCCCUCGGCCGGCUCGCCCCUCGUCCCCGCCCUCCUCUUCUCCUUCUACGAGAUGAUGUUCUGCGCCGUCACCGCCGCCCUGACCGUCGGCGCCGUCGCCGAGAGGGGCCGCGUCGUCCCGGGCAUGGUCUUCACCUUCUUCUGGGCCACGCUCGUCUACUGCCCCCUCGCGUACUGGGUCUGGAACGCCCACGGCUGGGGGUACCGCAACGGCGUGCUCGACUACGCCGGCGGCAUCCCCGUCGAGAUCGGCUCCGGCGUCUCGGCCCUCGCCUACUCGUGGGUCCUGGGCCGCCGCAACGAGAAGAUGAUGAUGAACUUUCGCCCGCACAACAUCUCCCUCAUCGCCCUCGGCACCGUCUUCCUCUGGUUCGGCUGGCUCGGCUUCAACGGCGGCUCGGCCUUUGGCGCCAACCUGCGCGCCGUCAUGGCCUGCUGGAACUCGUGCCUGACCGCCAUGUUCGCCGCCAUGACCUGGGGUCUGCUCGACUUUAGGCUCGCCCGGAAGUGGUCCAUGGUGGGCUGGUGCUCCGGCACCAUUUCCGGCCUGGUCGCCGCCACGCCCGCCUCUGGGUUCCUCGAUCCUUGGGCCAGCAUUGCCCUGGGCGUCGUUGCUGGUGUCUGCUGUAACUUUGGUACAAAGGUCAAGUUCCUCGUUCGCAUCGACGACUCCCUCGACGUCUUCGCCGAGCACGGCAUCGGCGGCAUGGUCGGCCUCAUUUUCAACGCCUUCUUCGCCACCGGCAAGGUCAUCGGCCUCGACGGCGUCAACACCGGCGCCAAGGGCGGCUUCAUCGACGGCAACUACCGCCUCCUCGGGUGGCAGGUCGCCGCCAUCGUCGCCGCCUCCGCCUACGCCUUCGUCAUGUCCGCCGUCAUCGCCAAGAUCAUCGACGUCAUCCCCGGCCUGAAGCUGCGGGCCUCGGAGGAGGCCGAGCUCCUCGGCAUGGACGACGACCAGCACGGCGAGUUCUCCUACGACUACGUCGAGGUCCGUCGGGACUUCUUGGCCUGGAGCCCCCCCAGCGGCGAGCCCGCUCUCGACGGCGGCAUGAUUGAGCCCCAGCACGGCAUCCAGGAGCAUGCCAGCAUGGCCCGUCCCACCAGUCUCUCGGACGGUCCCGUCCACAAGAAGUCGUCGGCUUCGUCUGUGGACGACCGUGGGGGGGCGGACGGUGAGAAGAGGCACUAG